AUGGUGCGUGGUAUCGCAACAUUGACCCAUCGUCGCACGCAAUGCAGGAACUUUGCUGGCGUGCCCGCUGAGAGCCGACUCGAUAGUAUCAACGGUGAGGGCCGGGUCGGUGAAACACCUGGGUCUCGGCGAUGGAGACUCUACAACGACAUGCGCCGCACAAGAAAAAACAAAAACGGAACUUUGGUGACUUGA